AUGGGAAACUUGGAGAUUGCCCAGGGCGCCGAAGCAAAUGAUCCUCCUAACUCAAAGACAUGCGACGUUCAGGCUGUCAACACCCCGGAGAUUGCCGAGGAAAAUACAGAUAUAGAUCAGUUUGGAACAGAGUUAGGAGGAGUUGAGGCCAACGAUGCCUCACAGAUCGCUAUCGUUUCCCGAGAGAUUACCCCUCCAGGCGACACUAAAAACAAGUUGUCAAACCCGGAAUCACAAGCAAUUGAAGUUAUGGGCGCCACAGAGGGUUUCCAGGGUGAAACAUGUACAAAUGGUGGCUCUGGUCCAGGAUCACAAGGAGCUGGACAGUUGGAUGGGAAUAAACAAGAACUGGUCCUUUGGGAAAAUAAGUCGCCGAAGGAGCGACUAUUAAGCCGAGAAUACUGUACCCAGGCAUGCCUCUUGGGACUCAAGAGAGGAUCAAACCUCGAUGAGAGUUGUCCAAACACAGCAUCACACCGCGUAUCUGAGGGCAGCAUCCACCACCCUAUCGACGAGAAAGCCUUCACCCGAUUAGCUCGAGAAGAUCUUGCCCAAGAUCUUGCGAAGUCCACAGGUGUUUAUUCUGUACGUUUAAACAUGAAUGGCACCACAGGAACCCUCUUCAAACUCAUGUUGCCACGCUACGAGUAUGUUUUUGUGGGUAAAGGGACCACGUCAGAGUUCGUUUUGAAUCUUCAACAUGAAGCUUUAGUCUAUGAACACAGACUCAAGAGUCUCCAGGGCCAGUCAGUGCCUGUAUACUUAGGAAGCAUCGACGUUGACUUGGUCAUAAGAUGGGCCAUAGGCGCAGACCAGAUUGUGCACAUGAUGUUGAUGUCGUGGUCUGGUGAUACGAUUCCUGAAACGGAGGUGCCAAUUCUCGAGGUGAACCGGACUCUGCAAGAAGUGAUCCUUAGGGGUGUCAUUCACAACGACGUGUUCAAAGACAGUAGGGACUGGGCUUCUGUGCGCAAGAACAUUUACAUCUGGUCGACCGACAAUGUGAAAAAGCACCUGUUAAGUCAGAUGCGAAAAGCUGUCUGCUACCCCAACGUCCGUAGGCGCAAUAUGCUUUGGAAUUCUGAGAGGAAGCGCGUCAUGUUGAUAGACUUUGAGCGUUCUAUCAUCCUUGAUGAUGAAUUGGAUGGGCCAGACCAAGCUGACCAACCGAAGAAAUCCGAGCAAUUGGAGCAUCCAGAGCAUCCUAGGAACCCUGGUCAUCCCGAGGAACACGGGCAACCUGGACAAUUGAGUCCAAAGCGAAAGGCCAAUCCACAAGAUGCGCUUUCAUGGAAGAAGACCAAGGUUUAUGGCGCAAACUUCCCAGGUCGUAGUCUUGGGGUUUUGGGUACUUUGCCAAAAGAGUUGCGCAAGAUCAUAUAUGAAUAUGCCAUCUCUGUCGAGCCUUGUUCUCAUGGGGAGCCGAACUCAGGAUUGGGAUUAUUGGCCACAUCGGCUUUGAUCUACAAGGAGGUUAUUCCUCUGAUCUACCAGUCUCAACUAUUUGGCAUCGAAAUUGAUACGGAAUCUCGAGAUUUUGCAUACAAACAUAUCAAACCCGGCCGUGAAGAUAUUUCUUGGGGCGUUUCUAUUGAACAUCUAUCAACUGAUCUGGUUGACUUUGUUCAAAAUCUACAUGUUCGAGUCAAGCCUGGGGACGAGCCUUUUCACACAUCUCUUCAUGUUGCAAUGGUAAAGUUUUGCCACGAACUACAGAACAAUACUCAUCUCCAGUCUCUUCAUAUCAGCAUAGAAUUCCCCACGAGCAGCAAAAAAGAUGAACCCUGGGCUAUGUUUUACCUUUUGGAGCCGAUGAAGAUGCUACUCCGGGGGGGGGAGUUUGAGAUUACUAUGACUUCAGAUAUAAGUGAGGACAACGCUAGGAACACUCGGCUUAUAUUUGCCUACAACAAGCGCCAAUAA